AUGCCCGAUCGCGCCAAUGUGAUCGUCAUUCACCCGGAUCUGGGCAUCGGCGGCGCCGAGCGCCUGAUCAUCGACGCCGCCCUGGCCCUGCAGAGCCGCGGCCACCGCGUCACCAUCUACACCUCCCACCGCGACAAGACACAUUGCUUCGAAGAGGCGCGCGAUGGAACGCUGGACGUCCGCGUGCGCGGAAACACCAUCUUUCCUGCUCACAUCUGCGGCCGACUUCAUAUUCUUAUGGCUGCACUGCGGCAGCUGCAUUUGACAUGGUCGUUGUUGAACGAGCUUAGAUCGCGCGGGAGGACAGAUUUCCCCGCAGCAAAAAAUGAUAAGAAUAAUGACGAGGUGGAGGGUGAGGAUCGAGACGACGUGUUUCUUGUCGACCAGCUCCCCGCCUGCGUACCCGUCCUCAAAGCCUUCGGUCAACCACGGCCAUCCCGCCGCCAGCGCAUCCUCUUCUACUGCCACUUCCCGGACCAAUUGCUCGCGCGACGAGAUGAGAAGAGCUCACUUCUUCGUCUGGUGAAGCUAAUAUAUCGCAUUCCGUUUGACUGGUUCGAGGGAUGGGCGCUGAGCGCGUCGGAUCGGGUCGUUGCCAACUCCAAGUUCUCACGCGGAGUUGUGCGCCAAGUUUUUGGCACGGAGAAGCUGGGCGAUGUCGAGGUUGUCUACCCAUGUGUUCCCAUGGAGUCCACUGCCAAACCGGCCAAGAUGAAAACGAAAGAGAAGCCACUCUGGGGCGGCAAGAAGAUUUUGCUAAGCAUUAAUCGUUUUGAGCGGAAGAAAGAUAUGGCGUUGGCUAUUCGCGCGUACCAUGGGCUGGAGGCGGAGAAGAGGAAAGGGACGCGGCUGGUAAUUGCUGGUAAAUUUUUGUCCGUCCAUUUAGUUGCCGUCUUUUCUAAUUGGUUUGACAUAGGCGGUUACGAUAAUCGCGUCCAAGAAAACGUCCAAUAUCACCAAGAACUAGACGACCUCGCUUCCGGCCUCGGCUUGCAAACAGCUACCUCGAAGACGGUUAUUUCCGCUUUAUCUAUCCCCGACUCCAUUGAUGUUCUCUUCCUACUCUCUGUGCCGACCGCAUUCAAAGAUACUCUGCUAGCGCAAUCUAAACUCCUUCUUUAUACCCCGAUCAACGAGCACUUCGGCAUCGUACCUGUCGAAGCGAUGCAAGCCGGACUUCCGGUCCUAGCGUCCAACACCGGCGGUCCGCUGGAGACAAUCGUCGAGGGCGAAACGGGCUGGCUCCGGGACGCGCAUGCGGUCGAUGAGUGGACAGCCGUCAUGGACAAAGUUCUCUAUGGGAUGACGCCAGAGGAGGUUGACAAGAUGGCUGCUGCCGGCAAGACGCGAGCACAGCAGGAGUUCUCAUUUACGGCCAUGGGUGAUCGUCUAGAAGACGAGAUAUCGACCAUGCUCUCAGCGGAGAGGCGUCCAUUCAAUGGAUGGCAGUGGGUUGUGGACAUUAUUGCGCUGAUCUUUGGGGGUAUCUUUGCCAUCGCAAUUGUAGUGGUGCUAAAAUCGAGUGGAUAG